CGAAAAUAAAAGUAUUUACACCAGCAUUUAGUGUGAGUUUAUUACACUAUUUUGCUGAAAUUCCAUUCAUUGUUGGGAGAAAUCAUCGGAAUGGAGGAAGGCCGAGUGCACUUCGAGAACCAACCCUUGCGGAAUGCCGCGAUCCUCGAGUCCUUGGACCAAGUAGAAGACCAACUGGUGCUGGCUGUGGAGAAGGCAGGCAUUGCGAUGCAGCAUUUGGCGAACGUGACGACGGAAGGCCGCGACGCCGAGUUUCAAAAGACAUCCGAAGAAUUCCUGCAUCUUGUUGGCGGCAUCCACACAGAAUUGGCCAAGCAUGCGCAUUUGGUGCAGGAUUACCGCAGUUAUGGCCGCAGCACGUACGGGGUCGAGAAAGACGCCGAGUUGGCGCGCACGAACGUCAAGAUGAUCUUGGCCCAGCUGCGGGACUUGCGGCGGUACACGGACGAAAACAAUGCCGAAUAAGAAAUCUCAUGAUCGUCGUUACGCGUGAUUGUGCGCUGCCUCUUGCACCGGGCGCCGGUACUUUUGAAAGUGUGUGUGCAGCUUUUGAAUGUAAUAGUGGUCGCCAUGCUGCGGCGGCGAUGUCUCGUCUGCGAGCAGUCCGUCCUCGAAGGCAAACUACAAUCGCAUCGUGCAUGUGCUAGCUAGCUAUGUUUGUCAGGAUGAUUUGAAAGAACGUACGUCUUGGCGAACAGGAGUGAUGGUCGCUUCAACUUGGGCCGCGAGGGUUUCCAGUGUGUGGUCGUCGUACUCGUCAUCUCGUUCGAGCAUCA